GGGCAGGCCUAAGGAACGGGGGCAGGCCCAGCACCCGAUACAAGAGGCGGGCCCAAGGCCCCGGGCGCAAGGCGUGCUGGUCGGGGCCGAGUGCGGCGGUGUGGUGGUGAUGGCUCCGAAGGGGAAAGGCGGCGGCAAAGCGGGCAAGGGCGGUGAGAGCGGCGAGGCCAAGGCCCAGGGCCCGAAGGGCGGCGGCAGCGCCGUGAAGGUCCGGCACAUCUUGUGCGAGAAGCACGGCAGAGCCAUGGAAGCCAUGGAGAAGCUGAAGGCCGGGGUGCGCUUCAGCGAGGUGGCCUCGCAGUACAGCGAGGACAAGGCCAGGCAGGGGGGAGACUUGGGCUGGAUGACCAGAGGCUCCAUGGUGGGACCUUUCCAGGAUGCGGCGUUUGCCCUGCCGGCAUGUGGACCUAGGAGCACCUUGGUCAUAACCAGCAGGGUGCUUGGAGACAGCUGGCCAUCCCUGCAGGACGUGCAAAUCACAGCCAGCAGAGAACGGGGCACUGCACAGAGAGGUACUGUAAUUCCCUGAGGGAGGAGAGAAACUCUGACCGGUAGAGACACUUUCCUGGGUGCAGUACUCCAGCUGCUCAUCUGACUGAAGCUCUG